AUGAUGUCCCGAAUGGUGCUGCUCCACUGCUUGGUGUUACUUCUGCCUGUAGAAUCCUGCACAGCGGCAUUCCGGCCCAUCAGUAGAAGCAAGGUUCCGGUGACCCCCAAAGUCGAAGAGCAAUGCCAAGGCCCUUGUGUGGGCCAUUCCCGUUGCAUCAAGGCUUGCACCUCCAACUUGGAGGGAGAUGAAGGGUUCAUGUGCCGAAAACAGCAAUGGCGGAAAUUCACAGACACGUGUCGGACCCUGAAUGCCUCCACGUUGUUUGCGGGCAGUAGGCAUUCAGAGAAUACGUUUUCUAUAAAGGUGGAGGAAACUGGGAAGACCCGGAUCAUUUCAGACAUUCUUCUGCAAAACUGUCCCAAGGAUUUGUCCUGCAUAAUAGAAAAUAUACAAAAAUCUCCUCGGAUACCAGGAAACAUUGCUGUUAUCGUGCAGCUAUUACACAAUAUUUCGAGGGAGUUCUCUGCAAAUGUGGAUGAAGCACAAAUGCAAAGCUACAGCACCAUGGCGAAUCACAUCCUCAACAGUCAGAGCAUCUCCAACUGGACCUUCAUCCCUGCUAGAAACAGUGGUUCUGUCCUGCUGCAGUCCGUGAACUCAUUUGCCGGAAACCUUUCCGUCGGUAAUCAACCCGUCAACAUAUCGGAGCUCUUCAUCCACACGAUGGGCGCCAAGGUAUCGAAAGAUGGCGCCGAAAAGAGCUUCCGCUUCUCAAUGAGGGUGAACGACACCAGCGGUAGGGUCAGCGGGACGGUCCUCGUACCUCAGGAAGAGCUCCGGAAACUGAAGGCUCCCUCCCACGUCGUCAGUAUCGCGUUCCCCACCCUAGGUGCCAUCUUGGAGGCCAGCCUGCUGGAGAACGUCAGCGUAAACGGACUGGUCCUCUCCGUUGCCCUCCCCCCAGAGCUGAGGAGCGUCCUGCUGAUUUUUGAAAAGAUCAGCAAGUGGCCAGUGGCGAGGGCGAGGUGCGUGGGCUGGCACGCCGCUGAGAAUUGCUGGGACGAGACAGUUUGUCAGCUGGCCAGAGAUGAGCGAGACCAGGCUGUCUGCAGCUGCCGCUGUAGCCGAACGUUCACGUCCUUCUCCAUCCUCAUGUCCCCCCACGGGCUGGAGGGCCGAAUCCUGACCUACAUCACCUACGUGGGCCUGGGUGUCUCUAUCUGCAGCCUGCUCAUCUGUCUGUUCAUCGAGGCCCUGGUCUGGCGCCAGGUGACCAAGACGGAGAUCGCCUACCUGCGCCACAUCUGCAUUGCGAAUAUUGCCGCAGCCCUGCUCAUGGCCGACGCGGCCUUCGUGGCUGCUUCCCUUUUGAGGAGUGGAGCAGACCACUAUGAUGGCUGUGUCACCGUCACCUUCUUCAUCCACCUCUUCUACCUCUCCCUGUUCUUCUGGAUGCUCGUCAAGGGGCUACUGAUCCUCUAUGGGAUCCUGGUCGUCUUCCGUAGGCUCCGGAAGUCAGUCCUGAUGACCGGCGCCUUCGCCGUUGGCUACGGCUGCCCUCUGGUCAUCGCCACCAUCACGGUGGCUGCCACCGAGCCGGGGAAGGGCUACGUGAGGCAGGAAGCCUGCUGGCUCAACUGGGACAAUACGCGGGCCCUGCUGGCCUUCGUGGUCCCGGCCCUGGUCAUCGUUGGGGUCAAUCUGGUCACCGUGCUGUUGGUCAUUGUCAAGACCCAGCGACCUUCCAUCGGCAGCACCAUGUCUCAGGACAUGCAGACCGUCGUGAGGAUCAGUAAGAACGUGGCCAUCCUCACCCCUCUCCUCGGGCUGACCUGGGGCUUCGGCGUCGCCACCAUCGUGGAUGGCGGCUCCCUCGUCUUCCACAUUAUCUUCUCCCUGCUUAACGCUUUCCAGGGCUUUUUCAUCUUGUUGUUUGGAGUUCUCCUGGACCAGAAGAUAAGAGAUGCCUUAAAGAGCACAUUUUCCUCAUCAAAAUGGAUAUCCAGAUUAUCAGAGCACCUUUCUUCAGAAGAACGCAUUUCAUGUCGACGCAUCAAAGGACCAAGCUAG